UCUGCUGCAUCCCAUGCUGGGAUCUUUGUGCUCCUCCUUACUACUGGUUAUGUGUGUCAUGUUGUUGAAGUGGAACUAGGUGUAUAUUGGCUACCGCUGCUCUGUGGGAGGAGCUGGGGAUUGCCUGCAAUGCCAGACUGAUGGAUGCUGGGCCACUCUUCUAACUGCUGCUCAUUGCUGAAGGUUGUCACGCGGGGCCACAAUGUCAGAUAUCAUGGUGAAUUUGAAGUCCUUUCAGUCUGAGCAUGCGGUGGAAAAAAGUGAGCAGCCCUUGCUGUGUUUAAGAAGCCGCUGCAAGAGGAUGAUGGUGAAUGCAUGCGCUCAUGCUGUCUUCUUCUGCAAGCUGCUCCAUACCCUCAGGCAGAAAGAGAGUGGGAAGGUUUCACUGAUGGCCUCCAAGGAAUCCAUGGGUGAAGGCCUGAAGGCUGGAAUUAUUGGUGGAGGCCACAUUGGGAAGCAGCUGGCCAGGGCACUACUGGAGCUGAGUGGCAUUUCGGCUCAGAAUAUCCACAUCUCCACCAGGAGGCCAGAGACUCUGUCAGAGUUCCAGCAGCUUGGAGUCGAAUGUUUUUAUGACAAUGGCCAGCUCGUGGCCUGGGCAGACAUUGUGUUUCUUUGUUGCCUCCCAUCUCAUCUGCAGCACAUCUGCUCAGGAAUUCGUGCUGCUGUCCGGAAACCCUGCAUUGUGUACAGCCUGGUCACUGCUGUCCCGCUGCCCAGGUUGAAGCAACUCCUUUCCUACAGUGCCAUCCUGAGGCCACAGUACCAAUGCACUAGCAGAAACUUAGAGAAUGUGUGGGGGACAAAUGGGACAAUCAUAGCUGCACUCCAAGACCCUAUUGUUAUCCAGGCUACCUGUCCCUGUAGCCCCAAAGAGAAAAUUGCUGUCACUGGCAAGUGGUUGGAGGCCGUUUUCUAUGCAGCCCUGAACAGCUGUAUGUGGCGGCACCUGCCCCACCAGCGCGCACUGAAGUUACUGAAUGAUGUAUGUUUCCCUGAGCACUGCCCCAUCUGUGCAGAGCAGAAGACCUCCUGCCCACGGUUUGUGUGUGAGAACUUUGUCAACCAAACAUUUGUCUCCUCCCUGACUCAAGAGGACACCUUCCCCUGGUUUGACCUGACAACUGUACAAAUGAAGGAGUCUCCCUUCAGUCAGCUCCUAGCAAGGAGCGUGCUUCUCCAGAACCAUCUUACUUUGUUGUACUGUACCUCCUUUGGAGUUUUGCUAGCAAAGAGUGGAGGGAUGGCCAGCAGUAGCCUCUGGCAGCAGAAUGUCUUCUCUUUCUGCCGCAGCAGAUCCCAGUAUGGUGCUGGAUCAUGAGUCAAUGUCCACCCACAACUGCUAUUGAUGUGACUUGGAAAGAAGACCCAGAGGAUGUUCCUAACACUGAUUCUGAAGCUUCAUACAGUAUAACCACAGUGUGAUUCCAAACCUCCAGGGAUGGAACUGCUUUGCUAAAGUUUAAUGCUGAAGAAAACUGUGGCAGAGAUUAAGACCCCUUUCCUAUCAGUUUCCAUUGUAGGAGCCAUAUGGCUGUGUGUGGUGGAGGAAUGUACCAUGAGGACUUGGUCCUGCAGUGGAAAGGAAAAAGCUGGAAUGGCAUGUAAACCUUUACCUGACCAUCACCCACAGCACAAACCAACUGCAAAGUAGUAGGCAAAUUAAACAGUGAAAAUAAAUAGCAUUCUUGACUCAUAAUUCUGACGUACUGGCAAGCUGCCCAACUUGUAUCCAUUGUGAUGGGACAAGGCCAGAUGGCUAUAGAAAAGUAGUGGGAGACAAAUAUAUUAGCCCCAGGCUAAACAAAU